UCAGCCAUGGCUGGUUGGUUUAAGCUAUCUCUAUUGCUGAUAAUUCUAACCCUUGGGCUAGAUGCUAAGAAAGAGCAACGUAAACUUAAACUUGUGAUCGAUACGUUUUAUGUGAAGCAUCAUGCUCCUGACCUCUUUGAGGAGCUCAAAUGUGUAGUGACACAAGCUAAUCGCAGUUACCUCAGUUGUAAUAUGAUUCUACGGCGUAGCAUCGACCAGGCUGAAAUGAUAACUAAUUUCGACAUCAUAAAGGCAAACAAUCAGACGAUGAAGCUUUACAACAAUCGCAUGGACUUUUGUCAGUAUUUUACUGCCUUGCAUAAGGUGCGCUUAUACCGGGAAGUUGCGAAAUCUUUUGUAACUAGAUUAGGCGAAAUGAUCAAGUGCCCACUGAAAACGGUGAGUAGUCGAUAUCUGUUAGCUAAUAUAUAUAUUACUGAAAUUAAAAAAAAGAUGUGA